UCAAGAAAAAGACAUACUUUGAAUCCAACCAUGCUGCAGACACUUCUGAUUUUGGUCGUCUUUGCCAUGUUUUUCCCUCCAACCAGCCAGCAAUGCGUCAAGGUCAAUGUGUCUCGAUGUGCCAAUGUGGACUUCAUUCCAGGAUCUGACUUAGCAGGAGAAGGCUUUGACAUCACGAAGAUGGAGCACAAAGGAACUUUCGUCAUCGACAUGAGCACCUGGAUCAAGAGGGACAGGUCCUGCACUUUGUGUAGAAACCCCUACAUGAGAGGGAAAAGGCAGAAGCUCCCGGUUGCUGUGGUGAACUGGAGAUCAAGGCAGAAGUGCAGGAUGAAGUUGUCCAGCUACUCCUAUCAGUCCAGUGAGGCUCUUGUCAGUGCCAGCACCUCCUCUAUCGAGAAUGACUGGAAGGUGGGCUUGGACAUAUUGAUUCCAAAGAUCCAGGGAUCAGUCAUGAUGGCGGGCACUGAAUCCAAACUGGCUAAAUAUUCAAUGCAGAAAACCAAAAAAGACAAGUACAGUUUCACUAGUCAUUCUGUCUCCUGUGGAUACUACAGGUACGGGGUUAAGAAAAAUCCACCCCUGCACCCAGAGCUACGUAAGGAAUUCAGAAAACUUCCUAACAGCUAUAAUAGGAAAACAAAGCACAUCUAUUUUAACCUGAUUCGAAAAUUUGGCACUCAUUAUAUCAGACAGGUGACUCUGGGUGGAGAGGUUCGCUCUGUGACCAGCAUCAAGGAGUGCCAGGCGUCCCUUCAGGGUCUGAGUGUGGAUGAGGUGAAGAUGUGUCUGGACAUGGAGACGACUGCCAGUAAGGGUCCUGCUGCAAACAUACAGAACAAGUCUUAUCACUGCAGGCAGGCCAGGCAAAGGAGACUGAACAGAAGGAGCUUUGCUAGCAGCUUUAGGGACAGGGAAAGCACUGUGAUUGGUGGCCGCACAGAGAAUGUCGACCUGCUCUUCUCAUCAAAAACUGACCCAAAUGCCUACAAGUGGUGGAUCUCAUCUCUUCCUGCUCAGCCUGAUGUGAUCUCCUACAAGCUCGAGCCUCUUCACAAGUUGCAGAGGAAGAAAAAGACAAUCAGAGAGAAUUUGCGCAAAGCCAUCAAGGACUACAUCCUACAGAGGGCUCUGAUGAAAUAUUGCUCAAGCCCAUGUAAGAUCGGUGUGAAGACCAACUCUAAAGAACCAUGCAGCUGCAGCUGCCACAACAAUCCGGGCGUGGCCCUCAACUGCUGCCCCACUCGAAGGGGAUAUGCUCAGAUCACCGUAACUGUGAUCAGAGCCACUGGUUUGUAUGGAGAUUACUGGACUCAGACCGAUGGAUAUGUCAAGCUUUUCCGCAAUGGAAACGCUUUCUUUGGAAAGACCCCUGUGAUCAUGAACCGAAACUCUCCAACAUGGAACUGGUAUUUCAGUUUUGAAAAUCAGAAUCUGAAUCAGUUUAAAAGUGUGAAGUUGGAGGUGUGGGAUCAAGACAGUGGCUGGGAUGAUGACCUUCUCGGAUCAUGCACUGUUGGACUGAGAUCUGGAGUGAUUCGAAAUGCCUGCGCCCUCAAUCACGGUGUCCUGUAUUAUAAAGUACAGGUGAAGUGUCUCCCUGCUUUGUCUGGUUCAAUGUGUAGAGAGUACAUGCCAUCUCCAAUGGAUGCACAGCUGGAGAACGAGUAUGUCUCCCGAAAUGCUCGUCCGAUCCCCAGAAGCAUGCUCCUGGAGAUGGGAGUGCUCCUCGAUGAACGCAUUCCCCGCUUCAACCAGAGCAACAUCCAUAAGGCUGUGGGUUUUGAAUUGUAGACCAACUACGUAGCUUGUGACUCUAUCGCAUAUUUCUGCCAGCUAUCGUAAUGUUUAAAGUAGGACAGGUGCCCAUAAUUUUGGCACAUUAUUAGUAUACAGUUCUUGCUAA